GAGAGAGAGAGAGAGAGAGAGAGAGAGAGAGAGAGAGAGAGAGAGAGAGAGAGAGAGAGAGAUGAAGUGGGGUAGAGGACGAGAAGGAAGAUGGGGACUUGGAGUGUGGGGUAUGAUGGUGACAGCGAUGGCGAUGGCGUGGAUCUCCUGUCUGUUGAACUGUUCUUUGCCGAUGCCGACGACUGUGGAAGCAGCUGGCUAUGAUGACGCGGGCAAGCCGGAGAUAUGGCGCAACGACCUCAAGUAUAUCCGAUGCGAUGUCUGUGAGGAGGUUUCUAAACAAUUGGCCCGACAAGUGAAAGCCAAGCGCGAGGAGUAUUCGCACAAGAAGAAAAAGUUAACAGAAUAUGAGAUAAUAGAGUUGGCAGAGAGGAUCUGUCAAAUCGAUAGAGUGGAAGGGGAAUGGAUCACGAAGCUGGAUAUGGUGCAAGACGGAGAUCGGAUAAAGUUGGUGGAGCAAGAAGAACCUGGCGUCUGCAAUUCUGAGUGCAGAACAAUCCAGAAGGCUUGUGAGGAGGUUGUUGAGAAUCAUGACACUGAUGUGGCGGAGUUGUUGUUCAAGGGCGAUACUCGGCGCGCGGCUGUCUCAAAACUCCUUUGCCAGAAACUCAGCCGUGCAUGUGCUGGCAAAACUCCUCCUGUUCCCCUGGACCGGUCCCGCGGGGAAGCUUUCGUCCCGAAGCCCAAAUCCCAAUUGGAAGCGGAGAGGAUGAUGCAGACCAUGAAGGAUUCUGGAAUGCCUGGCAUGAAAAUGUACAGCAGGGAGGAUCUGGAGAAGGGCAGGUUGGGAGAUCUGGGAUUGGGAUCUGAUGAUGACGAUGAUGACGAUGGAGACUCUCCUCUAAGUUUCAAGGACAAAUUAAAGCAUGCGAGCAAGGAGGACCUGAUUGAGAUGGUGAAAAAGCAUCAGGCGAAGACGGCGAAGAAAGCCUCCGCAGCUGCAUCGAAGGCAUCAAAAAAAUGGCAGGAAAUUGCGAAAAAGGCGGUCGACAACGUUGUUGAUUAUGGUAGAAAGGCAUCGACUCAUCUGUCCAUAUUCGCAGACCAUGUGUUGAGUUGGGUUAAGGAUAGAGUGGCCGGCGUUUCACAAAGCUCGUCAGGUGACGUCUCAGAUCGGAGUGAUGGUGGCGGACAACAUGGAGAGCUCUAGGUAAAGUCCUAAAAAUAGUGUUAAGCUUUUUCGUCAAUGUAACGAUGUUCCCAAAAAGAAAAAAGAAAAAAGGAACUUUCAAGUUUCAAUGAUAUGUUGCAGUUAAUUCUUUCUGUCGCACACAUGUAAAUGUUGUCGUGUGCUGAUUUUUUUUUUUUUGCAUUUUUUUUUUCUAAAUUUUAAAUUUGUGUCUUCCACACGGAGCCUCGCCCAUUGCUCCUAUUCAGUUCGAUGUCGUGUUUGCUGUUGUCCUUUUCUCUCAUGGGUGGGUGGACGGCAGCGGCACGAAUGUUUUUUUCAACCUUUCAAAGUUUUUCCUUGGAUCUUUUUUUUUUAUAUAUAUGUGAUCAGCAUCUCAAUUUUAAUAACUACUUUGCUGAGGGCAUAGUCACGGAGGACUUUUUUGAACGCUUUCUGGAUGUAAUUGUGGCCAGAUACGUCCACAACUGGCCGUACUUGUGGUCAGAUUCAUUCAGGAAAGUGGUAGCGGCACGAAUGUUUUUUUCAACUUUUCAAACUUUUUCCUUGGAUCUCAUUUCGCCGAAACAGUUUGUCACAGCCUUCGUUUGUUUGUCACGAAUGUAAUUGUGGCCAGAUACAUCCCCUCUGCCUACGGUUUACCGGGCAGCUCUGUUUAACUAUAUAUGAUCAGAAUCUCAAUUUUAAUAACUGCUUUGCUAAGGGCAUAGACACUGAGGACUUUUUUGAACGCUUUCUGGAUGUAAUCGUGGCCAGAUGCAUCCACAACUGGCCGUACUUGUGGUCAGAUUCAUUCAGGAAAGUGCUAGUGUGAGUAUGCACUGAGACAGGAGCCAAAUUUUCAAAAGAUAAAGAAAACGAGGGAAA